AUGAGAGCCGGGUUCUGCUAUAAGUUCUCGGAGUCCAGUCUCCAGUGGGACGAGGCCAGAGCAUUCUGCAAGGCACAAAAGGCAGACCUUGCCUCUGUUAGAGACAUGGCGGAAUAUAACUGGUUGAAAGGUCAAGUAACGAAAGACCCAAGAAAAAAUGAAUAUUGGUUGGGUAUGACUGACAAGGAGAAAGAAGGUACCUGGAAAUGGGUUGAUGGCACUAAGUGGAGCACUGCAGUAGCCACCGCUGCUUGGGGAAAGGGACAACCAGACAAUUACAAUGACAACGAAGACUGUGGGGAAUUCUGGGACAGUCCAAAUGGAGUUUGGAAUGAUGAGCCUUGUGAGAAUUGGAAACGAUUCAUUUGCAAAAGAAGGAAUAAUGUCCUUGACCUAUGUGACCUUGAUGAUGGCUGGCAUCCCCAUCUGGACAAAUGUUACAAGCAGUUUGGUGAUAUGAAAGAAUGGGGAGAAGCAGAGGAAGUAUGUGAGUCAUAUAAUGGCAACCUGAUGGUGAUAAACACGCAGGAUAAACUCCAUCUUACGUGGGACACACUUACGUGUUAUGACUCAAAAGCUCGUUACUGGAUUGGACUUUCUGAUACGGUACUCCCAAACUAUAUGACCUGGGUCGAUGGAUCCCCACUAUCCCUGGACAACUGGGACGAAGACCAGCCUCAAUACCCGGAGCCAGGAAAUAUGUGCACUGAGAUCGUCAGUGGCGCUAGACACAAAUGGAGGGCGGCGUAUUGCAAUCAGGAAAGAAUGUAUGUCUGUGAGAAACCACAAGGGAGUUGCCCUCAAGGUUGGCAGCGUAACGGCGACACAUGUUUCCAGGUUAACGCCCUACCAGACGCUAGGAGGACUUGGACAGAAGCACACAAAUUCUGCACUGCCGAGGGGGCAAACCUCCUUGAUGACUUAAAUAAAGGCAAACAUAAUUUUGUGAAAAAGAUUAUGAAGCAGCUAAAGAAUGGAAAGAUUGAUUCAUCCUGGUUAGGCCUCUCAGACCGUGACCACGACAACAAGAUUACGUGGUGGGAUAACACUGAAUUGUUAUUCAACCAAUGGGCAAAGGGUCAUCCAAAGAGAGUUGACAAAAGGAUGGACUGUGGGUUCAUACCUUCAAAUGACAAAAAUUCACGAUGGAGGACAGGCUAUUGUUUCACCAAGCGUCCGUUUGUAUGCCAACAAAAAAUCUUCAAAAUGAUUUACAACGUCACAGAACCAGAUGCUUGCAAAGAAACACACUUAGGAACAGAUUAUGUUGGAACGAUUUCCACGACACGAGGAGGAAAGACAUGUCAGCGUUGGGACUCACAAUCACCACACAAACAUAGUAUAGGAUCGACUGAUGCUGAGUUUCUCUUGGACGGCGGGUUGAAGAACGCCAACAAUUACUGCAGAAAUCCGGAUGGCGAGAGCGAUGGUCCAUGGUGUUACACCACGACCUCUAGUGUUCGUUGGGAGUAUUGUGAUAUUCCCUUCUGCCAUGACAAAUACGUGUGUUCACCCGGCUGGCAAAUGUUUGAGGAAUUUUGCUACUUAUUUGUUGAGCCUAUUAAGAACUGGCACGCGGCAAACGAUGAUUGUAAAACUCAAAGUGCUUAUCUUACUUCUAUCACUAACCCAGGGGAACAAUCUUUUAUAAGCGGUAAGGUGACUGGUCGUUCCUGGAUAGGUCUACACGACAUAGGAACGGAGGGGAACUUUGAGUGGUCGGAUGGGAGUCAAUAUAAUUUCACCAACUGGAACAAGGGAGAACCUAAUAGUUUCUAUCCCGAGGAAGACUGUGCUGAAAUCUUAGGCCCGGGAUCACUACCCGGUGUAUGGAAUGAUGAACGCUGUAACUUCAAGAACAAGAGCUACAUUUGCAAGAAACCCGCCACACACAGACUCUUACCACCUCCUACUACUAUGAGAACAACCCAGCCUGCAUGGUCAGAACAAUGCGGACCAUACUGGUCGUUUGACAGUUUGGGAAACUAUUGUUAUCAGCUUUUCACAGACGUUCGCAAAGACUGGCCAAGUGCCCGUCAAGAUUGUCUCUCUAAAGGAGGUGAUCUUGUCAGCAUUGUAGGGGUACACGAACAGGCAUAUAUAUCAGCAAUGAUAAUCAGUAGUGCGGGACACGGUUCGUUGUCUUUUUGGACUGGUGGAAAUGACAGAGAUCAGCGAGGAGGGUGGCGAUGGAGUGAUGGCUCCCCUUUCAGAUUCGUACUCUGGUCACAAGGUGAACCAAGACGCAAGCACUGUGUCAGUAUAACUGCCAUAGACGGGAGGUGGAAAGCACAGGAUUGUCCAACUAAUCAGGCAUACAUGUGCAAGAAACUGCCUGCUGGUGUGACUACGGUUGCCACAACGCUUCCAACCACCCCAGCUCCACCUGAUUGCCAGCACUGGCCGAUGAUAUCAGGAUUCCAAAGUAUUCAAGAUGAUUUACUCGCCUCGUCUUCAAACAAAGAUUCUAAACAUCAAGCAAAACAUGGACGAUUAGACUUAAUUGGAUGCAAAGACGACAAUAUUGGCAAAGCUUAUCAAGGAUUUGCAGCUUGGACGAUAUCAGGGAGAACGUGUAUGAAGUGGGCUGAUCAGUAUCCACAUAAACAUAGGUACACAGACCCAUCAAUGUUCCCGGAUGCAACAAUGGAUGACGUAAGCAAUAACUGUAGGAACCCGGAUGGAAGAAAAGAAGGACCAUGGUGCCUCACAACUGACCCAAAGAAAAGAUGGGAAAGAUGCUGGAUACCAGACUGCAAAGCUAGAACUCCAUAUUCAGGUACAUGGGACGCCAAGAACAACAAAAAGGGGGAGUGGCUUGAAGUUGACUUCAAGGUGCUAAUCGUUGUCAAAGGAAUCGUGUUUGGCGGCAGCCAAGAGAAAAACCAAUUUGUGAAAAUUUAUAGAAUAUCAUACGGGUUUGACCAUUCUCAAAUAGAAUGGUAUCAAGACGAAAACGGGGCAAUAAAGGAUUUGACUGGACUUAGUUCACCCAACGAGAUAUCAGUGCAAAUGUUUGACAGGCAUUUUCAGGCAAGAUACGUUCGUAUCUGGCCAAGAUCUUGGCAGAAUGGAAUAUCUGUAAGAUGGGACCUAUUGGGAUGCAAAUUACGUGAUUGUGGUUCCGAAGAACUCGUAACUGGGCCAAGUAUAGUUCCUGAUGAGCGAAUAACAUCAUCCAGUGAUUUUGAUGCAUAUCACUCCUCUAACAGGGCCAGGAUGCACACGCUAAAAGAGGGUCCGAAUAAAGGAGGGUGGGCGGCAAAGAAUAAUGACGUUAACCAAUGGAUUCAGGCUGAGUUUUCCCGACCCAUGAGGGUUAGGGUUAUCGCGACCCAGGGAAGGUCAGACGUCGACCAGUGGGUAACUAGGUACAUGCUCGAAUACAGCUACCGCACAGACUCAAACUUUCAAAUGUAUCAACAGCCCUACGGUUUCAGAAAAGAAUUCAAUGGAAAUAAGGAUAGAAAUACGGUAAAGAAAAACUGGAUGAAAUCUCCAUUCAUGGCCACGAGAAUUCGCAUUCGACCCCUCGCUUGGAAUAAUCAUGUGGCAAUGAGAUUUGACGUCUUGGGAUGUGAAGAAGGAUGUCGAGGGUGGAGACUGAUUAAAAACGUACCAUUUAAGCGUAUCACGGCGUCCUCUGAGUUUGAUUCUAACCAUGGAGUGACGAGGUGCAAACUUGACACCAAACGAAAGGGUCCUUUAAGGGGUGGUUGGUCUGCUAAAUCAAACGACGGCCAACAGUGGAUAAUGGUCACGCUCGUCACUCAAUUCCAAGUUAAGGCUGUUGGUACACAAGGGAGGUCUGAUGUAGACCAAUGGACCACAGAAUACAAUAUAUAUUACAGUACGGACGGGAAUAACUUCCAGGUGUAUUCCGAUGAUAAUAAGACUCCAACGAAAUUCCCCGGAAAUUGGGAUAGGAAUCGAUUGAGGAAGCAUUACUUCAAGUCUCCAUUUGUUGCUAAAUAUGUUCGGCUUUGGCCAACUCAAUGGAAUAAACACACGUCACUUAGAUGGGAAUUGUACGGAUGUGCGGCUAAUUCCCUCGGUACACCUAUCGGUUGUUUCAAUGAUAAGUCAAACGACAGAGAUCUCUCAGAGGAACCACUUGUGGGAAUCGAUGGCAUGAGUGCUCGCCUAUGUGUUAGACAUUGUUCAAGUUUCGGCUAUGGCUAUGCUGGAGUCCAACGUGGUACAGACUGUUAUUGCGGCAACUCUUAUGGAAAAUACGGCCCUAAUAAUAAGUGUAACGUCCCUUGUUCAUCCGAGCCAGAGACCAACUGUGGUGGAAGAUUUGUUAACUUCAUAUAUGGAACUGGGCUAAAGGUCAGAGAUGAAAGAUGUCGCCCUAGUUGGAUGGAGGUCAAAGGUCAAUGUUAUCACGUGAUGGAUGAUGAAAUCACGUGGUUCGAUGGACAGAAGCAAUGCAGGGCAAUGGGCGGUGAUCUCGCUACCAUAAAUGAUCAACAGGCAAACGAUGCGAUCACAAGUUAUCUCGGGCUAAUCAGAAAAGACGUCUGGAUUGGUCUAAAUGAGAUAAAUUUCAAGGGCCAAUAUGAUUGGUCAGACAGUAGUCCUGUUACAUUCACAAAUUGGAACACAAAUGAACCAAAUGAUAACAAGGGACAGAAUGAACAAUGCGUUGCAGUGAAAUAUAAGAAUGGGAGGUGGUACGAUGCUAUGUGCGGUGGAAGGUUCAAGAGGUCACUAUGUCAGAUGUCAAAAGAGGUCAUCCCAACACCGUCUUCCCUCCCUGGACAUGAAGAUUGUCAGCCUGGCUAUAUCGCAUAUGGCUAUUCCUGCUAUUCGUUCAUUGGGAAAAAUGGCUGGAUAUAUAAAUGGGCCCAAAGACGUUGUAGCGACCUAGGUGGAACACUUGUUAGAAUAAAUGAUAGAUACGAGAGCGCUUUCCUGGCUAGCCAACUUGCCAGUAUGGAUUCUAAAGUGGAGUUCUGGACCGAUGCCAAUGACAUAGAGACAAAGGGGACCUACGUCUGGAGCAAUGGUCAUUCAUAUCUUCCCUAUACUCACUGGGCCCCUGGACAGCCAGAUGACACAGAUGGCGCCAACUGCGUUACACUUGGGGCUGCCACAAAUGCAGCCUUGUGGUAUGACCGGAAGUGUGACUCAAGACGAGGCUAUAUAUGCGAGAUGAUGCGGAGAGGGUACACAUCGCCUGCAUUGCCUGAGCCAACUGAUAUCAGUGGCUCUUGUUCAUUAGGCUGGAUCCAAUCAGGAAGCAACUGCUAUCAAGUGAAUCAGCGAUCAAUAACUUUCCAAUUAAAAUGGACAGACGCGAGAGAGAAUUGUCAACAACAGGGUGGGGAUCUGGCAAGCUUCCACAAUAAAACAGAACACGACACCUUGUUCAAAUACGCUAUUGCAGGAGAAGCGGACCAACAUUUCUGGAUUGGACUUAAUAAUCGGGAUUCAAAUCAAGGACAUGUUUGGAGUGACGGGUCGCCGGUGCAAUACACAAACUGGGCUCCAAAUGAACCAAACAAUAUGAACAACCGGGAAAACUGCGUAGAAAUGAAAUGGACGGAUGGAAAAUGGAACGAUGAAAAUUGCGGAGGGAAAAGAAACUGGAUUUGCAUGCUUCCAGUUGGAACAGACCCUAUCAGUUUGGUCACUACUCCAGCGCCCUCUGCCGGACCACCUGGUAGCUGUUCCCCUGACAACGACGACUGGAAGUUAUACGGAGGGUCAUGCUACUAUGUGAGUAAGGGAGGUGACGGUGAGACCAUGACAUGGAGAAAGGCGGAACAAUUCUGUAACAAGAAUCAAGCUUAUUUGGCCUCAAUACAUACUGCAGAAGAACAGGCUUUUGUCGCAGGACAGGUUCGAGCUAACGACGUUGGCACGUUUGGAAGAAUGUGGAUAGGCUUGAACGAACUAGACCAGGGCAAAGGAUACCAAUGGUCAGAUGGUUCUGCGCUACAAUACACCAACUGGGCGGAUAACGAACCGAAUGACCAGGAUAGGACUGAACUUUGUGUGGAUAUGUGGAUAGCAGAUGGAAAAUGGAACGACGAACACUGCACCGUUCUUUUACCAUUUGUAUGUAAGAAACUACCCGGAGGCGCUACAAUUCCACCACCAACUAAUCCACCUCCGAUGUCCGGGAACUGCCCCGCUGGAUACAAAACGUUCCGAAACAAGUGCUUCAAACUGUACGGUCGCGAUCCAAGCGAGCGUAAAAACUUUGCAGAGGCACAGGCAUUCUGUAACGCGCAGGGUUUGACGUAUGGUUUAGCAUCCAUUAGAAAUCGUAUGGACCAAGCGUUCAUAACAAGUCAGUUAGUUGAUAUGCCCAUAGCAGCAUGGAUUGGGAUGAAAUACAGGGGAUGGGGGCAAAAUGGGGGAGAAUUCAUAUGGCUAGAUAAUAGCGAGGUCCGCUUUACAUGGUGGGAUGUCGGUGAGCCGAAUGGCAAAGGACAGGAAGCAUGCGUGGAGGUCAAGGAUGAAUCGUUCCAUGCUGGGUUCUGGAAUGAUCUCAACUGUGACGCUAGACAGGGCUGGAUCUGUAUGACAUACAAACAGGCUACAAUUCUAACGCCAGAGCCCCCACCACCGAACAACUGCCCUCUGAACUUCGAGCCAUGGGGUAAUGGCUGCUAUCACGUGUCAACUGGCAAAAGAAAUUGGGAUGAAUCGGACGCAUAUUGUAAAGGACUUGCUCCGGGUGCACAACUCGCUUCAACGACAAGUCUCUACGAACAUGCUUAUCUUUUCACUUUGAUAAACCGCUGGGGUCAACGAGGAAACGCUUGGAUUGGACUUAAUGACAAAAUGGUGACAGGCCAAUACGUGUGGACCGAUAAUUGGCCAGUCGUGUUUACAUUCUGGGGCAAGAACGAACCCCAAGACACCGGAAGAUGCAUAAUGAUGAGGAACCGAAACUCAAGAUGGAAGGCAAAGCCCUGUACAAAUAAUUUUGGGGCCGUGUGCAAAGUUACAACAGAAAAACCUCCAUACAUCCCCCCUCCUCCUGAUGGUUCUUGUCCCGAUGACGAAACAAACUCACAAUGGUUCUCAUUCCGUGGAAACUGUUACCUUUUCAAGCAGACAGAGUCCAAAAAUUUCGCUGAAGCGGAUUUCGAAUGUCACCAAUUGGGGGCUAAACUAGUGACUAUACAUAGUCAGGAUGAAAGUGUGUUCCUGAACGCUCAUAUGCUACACGUUUCAAGCCAAAACGUAUGGAUCGGCAUGUUCAGAUCAAUAAAUGAUGGAUUCCAAUGGAAAGAUAAUUCCCCAGUCCAGUACACAAACUGGGCAAAUGGCGAACCUAGUGACGUCAAUGGUACGGAGGAAGAAAAUUGCGUUGAGGCAUACGCACUUAAUGGGAAAUGGAACGAUAACAUCUGCACUGCUAAACGUGGAUACGUCUGCAUGAGGGAAUCGGUCAUGGUGUCUCCGGGGACUCCCCCUUACACUGGAAUAUAUACUCGGCCUACCGGCAAACAAACAACAACAAAAAAUAUCCCUCGCUUUACUACCCCUAAACCGUGGACAUGGGCACCUACUACAACCAGGGGAUUCAUAUGGACGUUCACGUGGACACCUCCCAUGGGUGUUUCUACCCCGCUCCCGAGAAAACAGGCGCCAUCUAUCAACGGCGGUGGAAUAGCUGGAAUAGUGAUCGCAGUCCUGGUUGUAUUGGUCGUAAUAGUCCUUAUCGUCUUAUAUAUGAGACGAAGAAACGCUAAAGGAUCUGCCCCUCAUGAAAGUUUUGAUAACCCUGCAUAUUCUGCGAACACUGAUAGGGUACAAGUUGCAGGAGACUGGAUGGCGUCGCCUCAAACGAACGCCUAAAUUUGCCUCAUUGCAAAAUCAAAAAUAAAGACAGCCGUCAACUCUUGAAUGUCACGAGAUACAUUUAUUUUGGAAUAACUAUUUCAAUAGUUUGUUAAUGAUUGGUUAUAACAAAACAAAAGCGUUAACAUGUAAUAAAGGAAUAGCAUGAUGUCAUGUAUUGGUAAAAAUUAAA